UACAGCUUUGGAGAUCCCCCUCUCCUCAUCUACAAACAUCUGCACACCCUCUCCAAAGCGGUUUUCCCUCAUAAAAGCUGGUUUUCUACAAUUCUGGUUUCUGGUUUUUUUUCUUGAAAUGGAGGAGAUUAUCCCAGGCCUGCCUGACGAACUCGCACGCGAAUGCCUGAUACGCGUUCCCUACAAUCGCUUCUGUACAGUCGGUGCCGUCUGCACCCGAUGGAAGGACGAGGUGGAGUCGUCGGAGUUCCACCGGUUAAGGAAGUCCUCCGGCAUGAGCCGAUCUGUCGUCGCGCUCACCCAAUCCGAGCCGAGCCGGUCGCUCGGCGCCGUGAAGCAUCCCGCCAUGCCGGCUUACCGGCUGUCGCUCUUCGAACCGGGUUCGGGAUCGUGGGAGCAGUUGCCGCCGGUUCCCGGGUUCCUGCACGGGUUGCCGCUCUUCUGCCAGGUUGCUGGCGCCGGCCGGAGCGUCGUGGUGGUCGGUGGGUGGAAUCCGGUGACGUGGGGCGUGUCGAAUGACGUGUAUGUGUAUGAUCUUCUGUCCGCCACGUGGCGGUGCGGGACCCGAAUGCCGGGCCCGCUACGGUCCUUCUUCGCGUGCGCGUCGGAUUCGGAUUCGACGGUCUUCGUCGCGGGCGGACACGAUGUAGAGAAGAACGCGCUGAGAUCCGCUCUGGCGUAUGACGUGACGACGGACUCGUGGGUCCCACUGCCUGACAUGGCGAAGGAGAGGGACGAGUGCAAGGGGCUGUUCCAACGUGGCAGAUUCCACGUCAUCGGCGGGUACUGUACGGCUAACCAGGGUCGGUUCGAGAUGAGUGGGGAGACUUUGUGCAUCGACACGUUGCAGUGGGGCCCGGUGGAGGAGGACGUGUUGGAGGUCGGCACGUGUCCUCGGACCUGCGCGGUGAGCCACCAGGGGGAUCUAUACAGGUGCAGGGGCCGACACCUGGUGGUGAAGGAAGCCGACACGUGGCGCGUAGUAUCGGAACUGCCGCAGUGCGUACGCGUAGGGGCGUACAUGGUGAUGUGGCAAGGGAAGCUGAUGGUGGUGGGGUCGGAGAGGCAUGGUGGGCCCCACGUAGUUUAUACGUGGGACUUGAAGAGGUACACGUGGACGAAGAUGGAGACGCCGAUGGAGCAUGUGGGCCAUGUUCAGGCCGGGUGUUGUUUUGAAAUAUAAAAAGUAUUUGAGGACUUAUAUACAAAUAAAUAUUUGCUCUUUAUUU